CCAAUAUUUACGUUUUGAUUCCAUAAUUAAUUUUUAUGUUUAUACCACUCAGAAACUCUAAACAAGGAUUUGUAUUUCGUAACUUGAUUCCAUCUGCAAUGCCAAAAUUCGGGAGAAUUUGGCUACUGUUUGAAAUGCUGCAGUGUGUCCUGCCCUUCUUCUCGCUCAUUUGUGACUUGAUAAUGAUCCAGAAGGAAAUGAAACGUAUUCCACAGUUUAUUUUCAAAAGUUUGGGUUAUUUGUGGACUGUUCCAGCCACGAUAUUUUGACUUAUUCUUUUCUGUGGUUGCAGGAAAGCCACAUUCAGUUUGUGUGUGUGUAUACAUAUAUACAUCCUGGAAAUGUAAACUUUGUGGCUGCGGGAAAGCCUCAUUCAGUUUGUGUGUGUAUACAUAUAUACAUCCUAGAAAUGUAAACUUUGUGGCUGCGGGAAAGCCUCAUUCAGUUUGUGUGUGUGUAUACAUAUAUACAUCGUGGAAAUGUUGCGUACGUUGGUCAGGGUCAAGUUGUGUGGAGUGUGAUGAGAGAAGAAACGCCAGCCUCCUCCACCCUGACUCGCCCAACGCUUCGCCCUGCCAGCAUGGCCUGGAGCGGCGGACAAUGUUGUGACAGCGAACUCAGUUCACGAAGUAGUCACAGCAGCAGACGCGGUCUCAUCGCUCACUCCACGGACAGCUCGGAGACUUCCACACCCACGCACCGGGUCGUCACCUUCGCCACCAACACCUCCUCCGAGAGCUCGGAAUCUCCCACUCCAUCCCACAAGGUAGUGAGCUUCGUCCAGGCGCUGACGGAGUGUACUCCGACCUCCGGUAACGAGGCCAACGCCACCUUCGGCAAGAAGACGUCUCUAGCAGAGGCAUUAGGGAACUAUAUCUUCCGUCGGCAGGGAGGAUACAGAAGAAAGUUGUCAGGUAGACGAACUGAAUCCUAUUUCGUGUCUGUUUGGCGCUGUUGCCUUCCCUGCACCGUCGCCUCGGGCUACAGCGGCAUUCCCCUGCUAGUGCGUCAGAGGAGCAGCGGUGCAGGGUCGUCCAUGGUUGGUGCUUCACGGGGGCGCCGGGCCAGCACGGUCGGGGGCCCCAGACGUCAGCUCUCCCGAAGGGUGACGCGGAGAGACUCCAGGAGAGGCUCCAAGGGCCGCCGACGCAGCUCUGUGCAUCCUCCAGUACACUUACCCAUCAAAGAUGGGGAGACGAAUGAGGAUGACAAGGAGGAGAAGACCAAGAACCCGAUACGCAGACUCUCCCGGCUACUCUCCAACGCUGGCCCAGCCCUCGUCAGGCGUGUCUCCAAACUCCGGAGGAAGAGCUUAGCACAUCAAGAAUAUGAAGACUUCGAACUAGCGCCUCUCAGGUACCGACCAGAGGGACUCGACCAGCUGUGUGAGGCAACCAGGUUCACUAAGGAGGAGCUACAGUUUAUGUAUCGAGGGUUCAAGCAAGAGUGUCCGACGGGUGUCAUCUCCGAAGAGACCUUCAAGGAGAUCUACGGCAAAUUCUUUCCCUUGGGAGGCCAGCCCGACGACGGAUCAGGAAGAAACUCUGCCAUGUACGCCCACUACGUGUUUGGGACGAUGGACCAGGACGGGUCUGGGUCCAUCACCUUCGGGGACUUCAUCAUGGGAUUGUCGGUGCUACUGAAGGGGACGCUGCAGGAGAGAAUAAACUGGAUUUUCAAUUCUUACGACAUCAACAACGAUGGCUACAUCACCAAGGAGGAACUCAUUGACAUUGUGACGUCUAUCUAUGAUCUCAUGGGAGAGCCAGGCAACCAUGGUAUCGAUGACGGCACUGCCAUUGACCAUGUAGACAAGGUCUUCGAGAAAUUGGACUUGAAUAAGGACGGAGUGGUCACUAUGGACGAAUUCAUGGAGUACUGCUCAAAGAACGAGAAAGUCAUUCAGUCGAUGAACAUCUUUAAUGAGAUUUAGUAGAGCGUCUCCAGAGCUGCGACGUCAUCCAGUGUUUACCUCCGUCAUCAGUUGUUGGUGACGCGACGUUCAGACGUCAUCAUCAUUCAGAACGACGCUUGGCCACGAAAGACGUAUCAAGAAGCCUACUGUCUACUACAACACGAUCAAGACCGUAUCCUCGUAGAUUGUGUCGCGAUCCUGUUUAUACUUUUUUAAGGAUGGGGUGAACAUUGUAGCUUCUGUACUCUAGUGGAUGCGUACCAGCUGAACCGGUGCUCAUAUAACAAAAGACCUGUAACAGGUUACAGGUUUUAGCUCCGCGACCUGUUCAGUCUGGAGGCUGUUAAAGCCGACAGGUCCACAGUCCUGUUCUGCAAUGUUCAAGCGACAAACUGAAAAAUCGGCAAAAAGGAGGCUAAUUGACAAACUGGCGAAUACUGAAUCCUCUGCGUGAUCGAGGAUUGCGUAGCUUCACUCAUAACUCCUUAAAAUGCUCAGUUCUGUGGUUAAUUUACCGUGGAAGUUUAUUCUUGUUCAUUAGUUUGCCCUCGUCGACAGUUCCUCAAGUCGAUGAGUGUCAAGAUACUUGAAUGUAGAAAUCAUAAGGAUCUCAUGAGUGUCGAAUCAUGAAGCCGCCUUCUGUCAGGUUCCUCUGGUAAUGAAGCCAGUCGGUGUUAUCUUCCGUGAUUUUUGCAAAGACAAUGAGUAUCAACAUGAGUUGAUAUACAGGCCGAUGCGUGACAGAAUCCUCGGAAGACGGGAGAUAACUGCUCUCCUCUCACGGGAAACAAAAUAUUAGGCAACAAUCGAUGCAAAACAUCAACAAGAUGCUGGAAUCUGACAGUUAAAUAGAGUGACUGCAAUGAUCGGAUAUCUAACGAAUGAUUGGAAUGAUCAGGUAUUUAAGAAUAAGGAAAAAUAUAUGUAAACUAAGACGGCUUGAGUAUAUUUUUAGAUCCAUGAUAAAGGAUGUUCAUAAGAACUGGCAGAAUAUAAAAUUGUUGUGAUUUUUUUUUAAUUCAAAUUAAAUUUUCUAUAGGUUGUGAAUAAGUCCAGAGGUUCAUUAAUGUUACAAAUUGACAAGAAAUGGUAAGUGAAAAUCUUUAGAGCAGUGUUUGCCACUUUCAUUUUUAGCUAAAACCCUCCAUGUUGUAAAUUUACUAGGAAUGGUAAUAAUGGUGAAUAAAACGUAAUUUUGGAAACGCAAAAUUUAGAAUAAUUCACGAGGGGCCGUAUUGCCAGGGUGGGAAACACUGAUGGGUAAAUAACAUCACAACACUCUUGCUUAGUUUACUGGAUUUAAAGUCUGUUAAGCAGUGAUCGAGGUAGUAUACCACAUGGAAGGGAUAUUUUAAUCCCUAAAAUAGCGAUUAUAUUCAACUCUUAGAGCACCGAGAUUUAUACACCUUUCGGUGAAUACACCUCUUGAGGUACCUUAUACUCCCCUUGAGGUACCCUAUACCCUAGAGGAAUCCUAUCCCCUUGAGAAACUCUAUACCCUUGAAGCUUCCUUUCAGGAAUAAACUCUGGCAGUCGGAGCGGUUGGACACAACAUAAUCGGGUUAUCCCACUUGUCUUACUGACUUCUCAAAACGACUCACUGAGACGAAACAUGCAGGAAUACAUUCAUAGCUUCGUACAUAUUAAACCUGAAGAUGUCUAUUGUUACACUGUGAUAGGUGAAUUUAUGUACUUUAUAUAUAUAUAAUCGGUUGAGAUAUACUCCCGAGUAUGGAGUAUGUUAAGAUAAUAAUAUACUACAUGGGAAUUAAAAAAUAGAAGCUGGGUCUGUCCGUAAGUUGACUUUUUUUGUCAAAUUCAUCUUUUUUGUAUUCUAAAGCUCCACUAUCUAUUUAAGACGGUUUACAACAACACUCCCACAUGAUUUUCUGUUUUGCACGGUCGUAUCC